UGCCUGAGAGCAUAAAAGCUUGGCAUGUGCCGAGUAUGUCAGUUCAUUGCGGGAAAGCAAUUUGCAGAGAUUGCCUUGUGAGCGCCGUUUCGGACGUUAGCCCAAGCUUAAAAGCAUGAACGCAGCUCUGAUUUCCGGCUUCUUGACUUGUGUCUUUAUUGCAAUGGCCGCCGGAGAGCUGGACGUGGAGGACUGGUACCGCGGCGUGGACUUCGACGUGGGCUGCCGACCGGCCCCGGUGACCGGUCUGUGCAAGGCCUCGUUCCUGCGCUGGUAUUUUGACGUGGCUGCCGGCGAAUGCAAGCAGUUCAUUUACGGAGGAUGCGGUGGUAACCAGAACAGAUACCAAACCAUGAGGGAGUGCGAGAUCGCCUGCCUCCGUUGAUCCAGCUGGAUGACAUCCGCGAAAGAAACCCCGAGCACGGACUGGUACCCAAGAAACACCUUCAUGUAGUACCCGUCCUGAAAUAAACUGGCUUCGCCGUUCCAUUUUGUA